ACACUCUUAUUUCUGUAAAAGCAAUGAUUUAUUUUGAUUACUUUUCCGUGUCUGAAGAGACUCAGUAAUCAUCCCGAAGGAAGCUUUCCUUUUAAAACUUUCUAUUGAUAAAGAUCUUUAUGCAAAUCAUCAAUUAGCAUUUAGCCUAAUGUUACAGCCCCAAACCCUUCUCGACCUCUACAGAACAUAUUCUACAAGGCUCCAUAUCAGACUGCUGAGGGAGAAGUAUGACUUGUUGCUUUUAUUCUAACAGAAAAACUCCAGUGGUAAACUUACUGACUUCCUGAGCUUCUACACACUCCCCUCCACAGUCAUGCACCACCCUGCUCAUAAGAGCCUCAAGGCUGCCUACUCAUUCUACAACAUUCACACGGAGACGCCCCUGUUAGACCUCAUGAAUGAUGCGCUCAUUAUAGCUAAAUUGAAAGGAUUUGAUGUAUUCAAUGCACUAGAUUUGAUGGAAAAUAAGACAUUCUUGGAAAAACUCAAGUUUGGAAUAGGAGAUGGCAAUUUACAGUAUUACUUGUACAAUUGGAGGUGUCCAGGAACAGAUUCUGAAAAGGUUGGACUUGUAUUACAAUAGAUGGAUGUUUCCAUCCCUAGAACUCUGAAACCACCCAUCAUUUAUUAAUAUUCUAUUUAAUGAUUCCUGGAACUGUCAUUCCAAAGAAUAAAAGCACAACCUAAGUGAAACUGAUACAGUCAGUAAUAAUUGGAAAAGUUGAAAAAACAUCCAUAUGUGACCAAUACUACAUAUGUCUAGCUAGAAUGUUAACAUUCUUCCUUUUUUUCACUGUUUACCCAUUUGAAGGAGGGAUGAAAGAGUACAAAGAGCACAUUCCUCUAAUUUUCAAAUUUUUGACCAUCUCUUGAAGGUAUUUUUCCAUUCUCUAGAAAGGGCCUUUUUUUUUUUUUUUUUAAUGGACGGAACAGAAGUCACAGACUUGUGUAAGAAAAUCUUUGCUAAUGUAUGGAGAUAAACUGCUGCAUUUCUAUUUAUCAGGUGAUGGUCUUUUUGUCUGUGUAACAGAAUAAAGGAUCCAAUUGGGAAAUUUUUCCUCCUAUCAUCUUCCAUGCUAUCAUUGGAGACAUUUCUGGAUUCAGCAUUUCCACAACUCCAUGAUGAGUGGUGGGUGUUUGUGUGUAGAGCAAGAUAAAAAUGUACUGGUGACUAGUACAUUUAUUUCUCCAGAAGCAAAGUUGCCAAAUUAAUAAACACACAAAUUUGUACUUUAAUGUUCAACAGGUUGGUGGUUGGGUUCAAAAGCAAAGUUUUGUGCAAACAUGAAAUGUGCUCUCUGAAAGAGUAUGCACCAUGACUAACUAGACUUUGCUGCUGCUGCACAAACUCGCUUCUUUUCAGGAACAGCAAGGAUAUGUGAGGAAAAGAAAAUAUAAGUGCUAAAGUCAAAGGAACUGCCCAGUGGAAUUUAUUAGUGCUAUCAGGAUAUUGAUAGUUUGAAUGUUUUUAUUAUGCAAAAUUGCACAUAUUCCUUAAUGCUGACUUUAAUUUAUCAUGAAAGCUGUCAUGCUAAUAGAAAAUGUCUUAUUUGUAAAUAAGUAUUCAUACUUUUGUUACUGAUGGUGUUUUUAUCUAGAAUUUGAAAAAACAAGUUUCACAGUGUACAUAUAUAUAUAUAUAUAUUGUCAAUAGUUCAAGGAGAAAAAAGAUGCUAAAUGAGGCCAUAUAAACUGGCCUUGACUCAUUCCACGAAGUAGUUACUUUUUUCUGCCUUCCCUCUUCCAGUGCCUAGGCUGUUCUGUCCAGAAAAUUUUAAUUAUUUUAGACAUGAUGGCUUUUCCUUCAUGUUAUAAGUAGUCAAAUGAAACCAGUCCUAUCUUAUACCAGGCAGGGGCUAGCAAACUAUAACCCAUCACCCUAAUCCAGCCCAUCACAUGUUUUUGUAUACCCUAAGCUAAAGAUGAUAUUUACAUUAUUGAGUGGUUAGAGGAAAAUAACAUUUUGGGAUACAUGAAAAUUAUAUGAAUUUCAAAUUUCAGCAUCCAUAAAUAAAGUUUUAUUGGAACACACACUUAUUCACUAAUAUACUGCCUAUGGCUGCUUCAUGCUACAAAAGACAGAGUUGAUUUGUUUCAGUAGAGGUUGUAUGAACCAAAAAGUCUAACAUAUAUGCUAUCUGGCCCUGAAAGAAAAGUUGUUGAUCCUGAUUUACAUUAAGGAGCUAAAAGCUACUUUCUGCAGCUUGCCAUUAACCAACAGGCCAACCCAGGGCUUGUGGUAUCCUUGAGACUACCGGUAGAGGGCGUGCGUGGGCCCCACAGUAGAGCGUACUCCAAUAACUGUGUACUUUCUUGAAGACAUAAAGGAAGAGUUUUUAGGAUGAUUCAACCCAGUGGUAUUACUAUUUUUCCUUAACAGAAGAUGAAAACUUCAAGAAGCAAAACUGAACCAAUUCACUGAAACUUUUUUGAGAUACCAGAGUUAAAUAAAUGAGAUUUUAACUUAAUCUGAAGCCAAAAGCACAGUUGGGAAUUAUGUUCCAUUCAUUUUUAUAGCACAGAGUCAUACAAAGGGAGAUUUUCAAAUAAUUACAGAAUUGCCAGUCAGAAAUUUUGUCACGGGCUAAAAUUCCAAUUUUAUUAAAAUCUUUUUUUUGUCUCAUUUAAAAAUAACUAGCACAUUUGCCUCUAUAAUUUAAACAAAUUAUGUAAAACUGCUGCGUUUAAGUAGCUAUUAGAACUAAAUUUCAGUGUAAUAUAGUGUUUUACAUAUUCAAAAAAACCUACAUUUGUCCUGCAUCCUUUGUCAAUAAUGGAAAUACUCAAUUUCUUAAGGGAUUUUUUUUUUUUUUUUUUUGCGCCACGAUAGUAUUCAGUAAAAUUUAAAUGAGUGGAGGUGGCAUAAUUCAUGCAUCAAACAGAAUUAAAGCU